UGGUUUGUUGGCAGCGUGGUUUCCGGACAGCCAUGUAACGUGCUGCAGAGUGUGCAGGGAGCCGCUAAGGGGACGCAGCAGGGACGACCAGACCCGAGGAACUCAGCUUGCCCCAAGGCCGUGAACUGACGUCUUGGCAAUUAAGACAUCGGAGUCUGCGUCCGUCGACCUUCAGGCCCACUGGCGUGGGUGACUGGGGGGGGGACCUGAAUGUCGAGGGCCAGCUGCUGAGGCCCCUCUCGGACACGAUGGAGGAGGAGCUGGAGUGUCCGAACUCCGCGUCCGAGAAGCGCUACUUCCCAGAGUCCCUCGAUUCCAGCGACGGGGACGAGGAGGGCGCUUUGGCCUGCGAGGACUUGGAACUCAACCCUUUUGACGGACUGCCUUACUCAUCACGUUAUUAUAAACUUCUGAAAGAAAGGGAAGAUCUCCCGAUAUGGAAAGAGAAGUACUCCUUUAUGGAGAAUCUGCUUCAGAAUCAAAUUGUGAUCGUUUCAGGAGAUGCGAAGUGUGGCAAGAGCUCCCAGGUUCCUCAGUGGUGCGCCGAGUACUGCCUGUCCGUCCACUACCAGCACGGGGGCGUGGUGUGCACGCAGGUCCACGCACAGAGCGCCGUGCAGCUGGCCCUCCGGGUGGCCGACGAGAUGGACGUGAACAUUGGGCACGAAGUCGGCUACGUGAUCCCCUUUGAAAACUGCUGCGCCAGUGAAACCAUCCUGAGGUACUGCGCGGACUCCAUGCUGCAGAGGGAGAUGAUGUCCAGCCCGCUCCUGGGCGGCUACGGGGUCGUCGUCUUGGACGGCGUGCACGAGAGGAGCAUCGCCACGGACGUGUUGCUGGGGCUGCUGAAGGGCGUCCUGGCGGCGAGGCCGGCGCUGAAGCUCGUCAUCAACUCGCCGCCCCGCCUGGUCAGCAAGCUCACGUCUUACUACGGCAGCGCGCCCGUCGUGGCGGUGAAGGCCCGGCCCCCCGCGGAGGCCGUGUUCCUGAGCGGGGCGCAGACGGGCGCGCUCGAGUCUGCUUUACGCCUCAUCCUUGAGAUUCACCAGUCCGGCGAGAAGGGGGACAUCGUGGUCUUCCUGGCCUGUGAGCGAGAUAUUGAGAAAGCCUAUGAUAUUGUCUGUCAAGAGGGAUCGAACUUAAACCCAGAUCUUGGAGAGCUGGUGGUGGUCCCUCUGUAUCCGGAAGAGAAAUGUGCGUUGUUCAAGCCCAAUGAGGAGGCGGAAAAAAGGUGCCAAGUGUAUCAGCGGAGAGUGGUGCUCACCGCCAGCUCCGGGGAGUCUUUGAUCUGGAGCAACACCAUCAGAUUUGUCAUUGACGUGGGCGUGGAAAGGAGAAAGGUGUACAACCCGAGAAUCCGAGCCAGCUCCCUGGUCACGCGGCCCAUCAGCCGGAGCCAGGCCGAGGUCCGCCAGCAGCUUCUCGGCCCCUCCUCCUCAGGAAAGCUUUUCUGCCUGUACUCGGAGGAGUUCGCCGCCAAAGACAUGCGGCCGCUCAAGCCGGCCGAGAUGCAGGAGGCCAACCUGACGGGCCUGGUGCUCUUCCUGAAGAGGAUCGACAUCGCGGGCUUGGGCCACUGCGACUUCAUGAACCGACCAGCACCAGAAAGUCUGAUGCAGGCUCUGGAAGACUUGGAUUACCUGGCGGCCCUGGACAACGAUGGCAACCUCUCCGAGUUUGGGAUCAUCAUGUCGGAGUUUCCUCUUGACCCCCAGCUCUCAAAGUCCAUCUUAGCGUCCUGUGAAUUUGACUGCGUGGAGGAGAUGCUGACGAUUGCUGCCAUGGUGACAGCUCCCAGCUGCUUCUCCAGCCUGCCGCGCGGGGCCGAGGAGGCCGCCCUGGCCUGCUGGAAGCCGUUUUUACACCCCGAGGGGGAUCACUUCACCCUCGUCAACAUCUACAAGGCCUACCAGGACGUGGCUCUGAAUUCGUCCAGUGAGCACGGGGUUGACAAGUGGUGUCAGGAUCACUCCCUCAACUGCUGCGCGCUCAGGACGGCGGACGCGAUCCGAGCCGAGCUCUCGGACAUUGUCAGGCGCAUCGAGCUUCCCUGGGCAGAGCCCGCUUUCGGCUCGAAGGAGAACGCUCUGAACAUAAAGAAAGCCCUUCUGUCCGGCUACUUCAUGCAGACGGCCCGGGACGUGGACGGCUCGGGGAACUACCUGAUGCUGACGCACAGGCAGGUGGCCCAGCUGCACCCACGGUCCGGCUACGCCCUCGCCCACAGGGCACCCGAGUGGGUCGUCUUCCACCAGUUCAGCGUCGCCGAGAACAACUACAUCCAGAUCACCUCGGAGAUCUCCCCCGAGCUGUUUGUGCAGCUGGCGCCACAGUACUACUUCAGCAACCUGCCUCCUAGCGAGAGUAAGGACAUUCUGCGUCAAGUGAUGGGUCACCUGUCACCCACGUCAGGCACGAGAAAGGAACAGGACGUGUGUGAGAAGUGCCCGGACACCGCGGAGCACAGAUGCGCCGUGCAGUGACCCUUAGGGACCUUCUCCCAAAGCACGCGGUGCAGGGACCACCGCGGCGUGGCCUCACAGCCGGUCCGCGGGAGUCCGGUGCAGACUGACCUUCGACUUGAAUACGGACAGCGUACCCCACACCCGAGUCUUGAAAAGAGUUACACUUUGUACAUUAUUUAAAAAUAAAAAAUGGAAGUUUUUAUUGAGUUCUUUAAAUUACUACUCCACGUUUUCCUUCUUACUGGAAAAGCUUUUCAUCACCCAUUCAUAAUUCGGCCAAAUUUCUUUUUAAAAGCUAUUUUGUAAAUGUGUCACAGACACAGGUGACAGAACCCUACUUUUUUGUAGAGGACUUUAAUCUGAAUAAAGUCAUGAGUUUUUCAGUAAA